UUGAAACGGAGAGGGGUGUUGGACUCUCACAUCGGUGAGUUAAAGGAUACAUGGUCUCCUUAUAUGUUUUUGGACACUCCUUACCUCUGGGUACGUAUGUUGUUGUUGUUGGUAUCAAAGCCAGACCCACCCAAUUCAUUGUUUACGAUGUUGGGCCCGUUGUCCUAUGUUGUCCACGCUUCAGAUGUUGGAGUCCAACAUCUGUGAGCUAAAGAGUACAUGUAUGUUCUUGGACAGUUCUCCUCUCAUGAACUAACUUUUGGGAUUGAGUUAAGUUCGUGAAGAUUCAUUUCUUUAUCAAGGAGGUACAUUUUUGUUAAUCAUAAGCAGCCGGCCUGAUGUGUUGACUGUUAUAUAUAAGUGAGCAAGCUUGCUUGAAGGUUGAAGCCUACAAGUCACAAUUCUUUUAAAAAAGGCAAUAUGAACCGGGCAGAGAAACCCAUAUUGUCCAAGCCUCAUGCAGUAUGUAUUCCAUUUCCAGCACAGGGCCAUAUAAAUCCAAUGCUCAAAUUGGCCAAACUCCUCCAUAUCCGAGGCUUUCAUAUCACCUUUGUUAACACAGAGUUCAAUCACCGACGAUUGCUCAAAUCGCGGGGUCCCUAUUCCCUCAAUGGCCUAUCUUCCUUUCGUUUCCAGUCCAUCCCUGAUGGACUCCCUCCCUCGAACGAGGAUGCCACACAAGAUGUUCCGUCUUUGUGUGAGGCAUGUAAGACAGUAUGUUUGGCUCCUUUCAGAGACCUUGUCACAAGACUAAAUGAUAAUUCCAGUUUCCCUCCUAUUAGUUGCAUAAUUUCUGAUGCUGCCAUGAGCUUCACUCUUCAAGUUUCUGAGGAAUUGGGUAUUCCUUAUCUUGGCUUUUGGACUGGUAGCGGUUGUUCCUUGUGGGCUUUAAUACAAUAUCCUAAACUUGUGGAAGGAGGUUAUUUUCCACUAAAAGAUGAAAGUUAUUUGAUCAAUGGCCAUUUAGACACGAUUAUAGAUUGGAUACCUGGCAUGGAAGGCAUUCGUCUAAAAAACUUGCCAAGCUUCAUCAGAUCCAGAGUCGAUGAACCUAGCUAUAUUGUAAUGAAAUAUAUAGUGGAAGAAAUCGUGGACAAAAUUCCCAAAUUCUCUGCACUCAUUUUCAACACUAUCGACACGCUAGAGAGUAACGUUUUGCAACAAAUUUCGACCAAGUUCCCUGCAGUUUAUACUAUUGGACCGUUACAUCUCCCUUUGUUGAAUAAUCUAACUCAAGACGAUGACUUGAACUCAAUUGGAUCAAAUCUAUGGAAAGAAGAUACUGACUGUCUCGAAUGGCUGGACACAAAGAAACCAAAUUCCGUUGUUUAUGUGAAUUUCGGAAGUGUUACAGUAAUGAGCAAUGAGCAGUUAAUUGAAUUCGCAUGGGGACUUGCAAAUAUCAAGAUGAAUUUCUUGUGGAUCACUAGAUCAGAUUUAGUCAUGGGUGAUUCAGCCAUUUUGCCACAUGAAUUUCUCGCGGAGACUAAGGAAAGAGGUUUAUUAGGUGGUUGGUGUCCUCAAGAACAAGUUCUAAGUCAUCCAUCAAUUGGAGGAUUUAUAACGCAUUGUGGAUGGAAUUCGACUUUAGAAAGCAUAUCAUUUGGUGUGCCAAUGUUAUGUUGGCCAUUUUUUGCAGAUCAACAAACAAAUUGCUGGUUUAUUUGUAAUCGUUGGGGUGUGGGGAUGGAAAUUGAUAGCAAUGUGAAGAGGGAGGUGAUUGAGAAACUUGUGAGAGAGCUGAUGAUUGGAGAAAAGGGUAAAGAGAUGAAAGAAAAUGCAUUGAAGUGGAAAAAAUUAGCAGAAGAAACUAUUACUUCUUCAAAUGGAUCUUCUUAUAUGAAUUUUGAGAAGUUAGUUAGUCAUGUGCUAUUGCGAAACGGUCCUUCAUGACUUCUUCCAUUAGACUGACAUGUUAAGGUCUAUGGUACUUGCAAUAUUUGGCUCAAAGAUGAAGCUUGUGAAUGUCAAGUUUCUCCAAGACUGUAAUUUGUAUUUGCAAUAUUUGAUGAAAAUAAACUUUUCCAUUCUGGCUGGAAUACGUGCUAGGAAAGCACUAUUAUCAGACCAUGUCAUUGUCUUAUGAAAAAAAAAAGAAAAAAGAAGUCAUUGUCUUAUGAAGAACUUUUUAAGCCCAUGCCUUUAAGGAUUCCCAGCGGGGUGGGCCAAGUUGUGGCCUA